CAAAGUCGCACCACCGAAUUUUCCUUUUCUUCUCUCCCAGACUGAACUCGCUGUCAGGUAGAACUCACUGGGAGACUUGAAGAUCUUCCCUCAUUUUUUAUAGAUAAUAGCCGCUUUGAUACAAAUACAUUCGGUCAGAGUACCUAGAAAUACCUUGAAAAAUAUGGCCGUCACCCUGGGGCCUUCCAGCCCGGACGCAGACAUCCAUCCCAUCGCAACGGGUCCUGCAAAGGAGGUUGUAGAAAAGCACUCCAGUGAGCAGCCAUUCAAGUUUUAUGCUGGCUGGUUUUGCCCGUUCGUCCAGAAAACCUGGAUCGUUCUCGAGGAGAAACAGAUUCCUUACCAAUACAUCGAAGUCAAUGCGUCCCUCGAUCCGAGUUCUCUCCUGUCACUAAAUCCGCGUGGGCCGAUCCCCACGCUUUACUGUCCCCAGCCAAACGGCUCCAAACCGCUCUAUGAAUCGAACAUCAUCAACGAAUACCUCGACGAUGUCUUCUCGUCUCAUCAGCCACACCUCUUCCCGCUUGAUCCGUACAAGAAGGCCAGGGCCAAGACCUGGGUGGACUUUGUGACGUCGCGGAUCAUACCCUCUUUCAAUCGCUUCUUGCAGGCCCAGGGCGAAGGAGAGAUCGCCAAGGCCCACAACGAGUUUCUAGGCCACCUGAAAGAGUUCAUAGACGCGAUGGACAGUAGCGGGCCGUACUUCUUCGGUGAAGAUUUCACCAUGCCCGAUGUUGCACUUGCUCCGUGGGCGAUGAGACUCUGGCUACUCGACCAUCUCAAGGGUGGCCUGAGGAUUCCAGAACCAGGUGAAGGCGGCGAAGACGAGCAGGUUUGGGAGAGGUGGAGGGAGUGGGUGGAUGCAGUUGGCAGCAGAAACUCUGUAGCCAAUACACUCAGCGAGAAAGAGUAUUAUUUGCCGAUAUACAAAAAGGUAUGCCGAUAAUCUUGCACAAAACCAGCCGGUAAAGGUGACCAGAGGUUGAAACGGCGCAUCCUAGAUAACCCUAUUUAGAUAAUCGGAUAGCACCCGAGGUUAUCAGACCUUUCGCUACUCUAAAUAUUCUCCCUUAUAAUCCACGGUUCUCAGGAGCUCCAGCGAAGGCGUGGGUUGGCGGGGCCCGAGCUUGAGAAUUUAAUCCAAAACGUUUGGGUGGCAGAAAAGGGCCGGGUGGUUUCCCUCUGGGCUGCCAGCUCAGGCCCUCGGUUCCACGGUUUUUCUGGGAUAGUUGUCUUUGUGGCUUUCAGAUUUCCAUUCUCAUUACUAGCGCGUUCCCUGUGCCAUGUCAUAGUUAAAUCUUAGUGAUGACCAUACUUGC